AAAAAUAAAGAAAUCACGUUAUAUGUGAAAUGGGAAGUGUGAGCAGGAUGGUAAUAUUUCCUUUAUAUGUCAAUGUCUCUGAAGGAGAGUGGUUAUCUGACAUGAGAAAGAAAGAUUCAACUAUGCAAGUCCAGCACAAAGAGGAGGGGAUGCGGAUUGAAAGAUUAACAUGGCCUUUUCUUAUUCAUUUCAUUUGGCUUGGAGUGAUGGGAGUUGAUGCCUCGUCAUGGACUGCUGAAGUGCCCAGCUCAGUAUCCGGCAUGCAGGGCUCAUGUAUCGUGAUUCCCUGCUCAUUCAACUACCCAGAACCUGAGGAGAAGCCCUCCAAAUUCACUGGCAUCUGGAUCAAAGACACCCAUGAUACUAUAUACCACCCAGACAGCUCCAACAUCAUCAAAGACUACAGGGGUCGUACAGAGCUGGUGGGAGAUCUCCGGCAGAAGAACUGCUCUCUCAGAAUCGACCCCCUCCAUCACAGUGACAAAGGACCCUUUCAUUUCAGGGUUGAAAUCAAAGACCAAAACAAGUAUUCCUACAUACAUGACACAGUCUCCAUUGCAGUGAGCAGCUCUCCAGACCCCCCCUCUCUGUCAGUGAGGGAGGAGGUGAAGUUGGGGGUGGAGCUGUCUGCCUCCUGCUCUGUGUUUCACUCCUGCCCAUCUGAUUCCCCUCUCCUCACCUGGAGCCACUCCGGAACACCCAGUGUCCAAUCACAACAGCUGACCAACGGCCAGUGGAAAGUGACAUCAUCCCUGACCUUUACCCCCAGCAUCACUGAUCACAACCAGUCUCUGGUCUGCACAGCAGAACACAGGGGAGGGAAGACAGUGAAAAUGUCCAAAACUCUCAAUGUCAAAUAUGCCCCAGUGGAUGUGAAGGUGGAAGGAGUGUCCAGUGUGAAGGAAGGAGACUCUGUAGAGCUGAGAUGCUCCAGUGACAGUAACCCUGCUGCCCACAGCUACCGUUGGCACAACAACAGAGAACCUCUGCCCACCACUGGACCUACCGUCACACUGGAGAAUGUGACCAGACUCACUGAAGCCCUCUACUGCACUGCCAUCAACACAGAGGGACAAGGCCACUCCAGCUCACUGAAGCUCAAUGUAGAGUACCCCCCUGAGAUCAAAGUGGGCUCCGCCUGCACUUCAGACACCUCCAGGGUAACCUGUCUGUGCAUUGUGGAUUCGGAGCCCCCCGGCACCGUGGAGUGGUCUCUUCCAGCUGGACCCCUGCCCACCCUACCCAGUACCAGAGUGGAGAGGCAUGGGUCAGUUACCAUGGUGACCCUACAGAGGGCACUAGGCUUCUCCGAGACCAUCCACUGCCAUGCCAGCAACACACAGGGCAAUGCCACCUUGUCCUUCACUGUGUCCACAAAUGAUAAGAUGUUGAUGCUGUACGUUUUAAUUGGUAUUGCUGCAUUAGUGGUGGUAGUAAUACUAAUUACCAUGUCAGCUUGCCUAUUGAACAAGAAGGGUAGUAGGAGUCGUAGUGACCAGCCAGUAACCAGUAUGCAGGACGUGGAUACAGCCAAGGGUGCUUUUUCACAUCCCUCACCAUCAAGGAAAGAGCAGAAAGACCCCAGCAGUGGAAUCCACACAAACUACUACACCAAUGAUCACCUAUAUGGAAACAUGGAGGCUGAAGAGGAUGGCGACCCAUACGAGUGUGUUGGUGGAGACGAUGCAGUCUAUGCUAAUGUGUGAACACAACAGGAAGCAUGUUGGAGUCAGCUGGCCCAGAGGCCAUGUUACUCAUAGGCUGCCACCUCUACAAUGUAUUCAGUCAAAAUGCAUUUUUUAUUGUACUUGACACAAACCAAAACCAUACCAAAGGCACUAACAUGCAUUUAAAUGCAUUUAAAUUACUACAAAUAUGUCAAAAUUCAUGUCCCUCCAUGCACUCCCAGUGACUUCUAGAAAGAUUUGAGCCCAGUAACCCCAAAAAUACUGAGUUUUCCCCAUCACUGUAAAGCCCUAGUUAUUUUGUUGCUUUGAUGAAGUUAUUUCUGAAGAUUAUUAUGUAUUUUAUGUGAAAAGUGAUUCCUUUGUCUGUUACGUGAACUGAACUCUCGUUUUAAUACGGAGGAACUAUUCCUUUUUAAAUGAUAGUGUAAAAGCAGGUGAGCUGGUUAUACUCUUUUGGCCAUUUUCUGGUGUUUUGUGGUGAAAAACUGAGCGGGUCUAGCAUAAUACGGCAACCCUGUUACCAAUAGAUAGACAGGCUAGAAAUGUUUAACAAUUUAAAAUGAUUUGUGAAUCUUGCAUUCAACUGACCCUCCCUGUUGCACACAACAAGCUUCCAUUCUUCUUGUCACAAGGAGAUACAUGGCUGAUUUAAAUAGUUAUUACCAGUUGGAGGGGCAUUCAAGUGGAUAUUUCCUAACCAUCCACUGUAGAGCUGCACAAUACCACUCAUUUGAAGCACAGGCUACUGUGGCUAUUUGAUCAUAAUAUAGGCCCACCAAAGUGGCUUACCAUCAAAAACAGUGGAGGAAAUGCAUCCCAUAACAUUUUAACAUGGAAAUAGCUGUUCUAUCAUUCAGUCUACAGUAGCAUUCAAUGUGUGGUGUUCAAUGUAGGCCUACAUUCUAUGAGACGUAAAAAAAUUUAACAUGCAGGGCUUGACAUUAACCUGUUUAUCCACCUGUCCUUCAGAGAAGGAUGUGACUGAAAAUGUUGUGUUGUUUGAUGCAAGAAACAUCUUUACAAAAUCAAAUGUAUUAUUAUUCCCAUACCAUUAUUACAGAGAAUCAGAAAAAUUAUUCUACCCUCUGUCUAUUAGCUUAUUUAAGACUGUGUCAAAAUUCACCACUGCCCCUUUAAAACAAACAUAAAAGCUCUUUACCUAACUCACUUUUCUAAGAUGUCUAGAAGUGUUUGUAGGAAGCAAUCACUCCUCUAUUGCUGACUACAAAUGAUCUAUAACUGGGCUAAUAACACACUAACUAGCAAAGGAUGUGAACAAAAUGUGCAAAUGUGGCUACAUACAACUCUCGCUUUGAUCUCAAAACAAGCUCAUCUACUCAUGACCGCUAAUGCUAGAAACACAGUCCAGUUCAAAGUAAAUGGCACUGAACCAUAUAUGGCAAUGGUCUAUUUGCGUAUAGUCCUACUGCAGCUCUAAUUGUUAUGCUGCACCAGUUUGUGUAGAAUACGGUCUGUGUAGACUACAGUAUGGGCUGAGUAGUGCAUGUCAAUACAACAGAAUCCUACUCCGAUGCAUUCUGCCUACAACAAAAUCUGUUGCAUAGUUUGUUUUGUUUCGGUAUGUUGCAUUGAAAGUGGCUAAUAUUGCGUUGAUUUGAUCACAAUUGCCACAGUAAAGGGAAACAUUGAUAGUGUUAACAGGGAGAACUCUAGAACAGUGGUCACCAACCUUCACUGAGUCAAGAUCACUUUGAGUCAAAAUGCAAGCCGAGAUCUACCGCUCCGAUUAAUUUUUUAACAUGACUUAAAAGAUGGAAGCCUAUGCAACAUUAACCAAUUAAAAACAGUACUGUAGCAAUGAGGUUUGUGCAGUAAGUUAUAUGCCCAAUAUAUUAUCACUGCAUAUUGGCUUUCUUGAAUAGCCCUGCCAAUACAUUGUUGUUUGGGUCAUUUUUUUAAAUUAUAUUUCUAAAUUUGAGUUAGGCUAUGUGAUCACACCGGUAAUAGAGCCGUUGUUAUAUUACUUGUGAAGCACAGCUGAGUGAGCAUACAUUUAAAUCAUUUGCUUUUUAUUUUACUGGGCUGAUCGUAUCUGCAUCUGAUAGUCAGUCUCAGCCGACGGAGAGAGCAGCAGACUGAGGGUCCGCCUCCGCUAUCCCUUUCCUCCGCUGACACUGACCAAAAAGGGACACCAUCUUCCAGCUGAUGGCGAACUCGAGUUCCAUCCUAUGAAGAGAGAAGGUGAAAUAUUCCUCGAUAUUCAAAAAUACCCAAGCCACUAAUAAUAACCACAACGCAAGCCUAUAGAUACGCUUUCCUACUCAUUCAUUACUGCUGCAGUGCUUGUUGUGGCGCUGAGUGAAUAUACCCUUAUGAAAAAAUAUUGCAGUCAGAGCACUGUAUAACUGCAGGACACUACAGUAUAACUGCAGUUAGAGUGCAGUAUAACUGCAGUAUGCUGCAAUUACUGUGUCCUAAAUACCACAGUUGACUGCAGGUAAUGCCCUUUUACUGCAGUUUCAAAACUGCAUUUUUUUUUUGUUAGGGUAGGAAGAAUGCGCAUUUUAUGGCUUAUAAAAGUGUUGAAUACAAAGUGUUGACAGUGCUGAGUAAGAACUUAAAAAUGAACUCAAUGAUAAAAACAGCAUCUCUUUUCUGUGUUCGUUGAAUGGCAACAAUUCGCCUACCCAGCAUGCAGGACAGCUGAUUCGGGUGCACCUACCGCCAACAAUCUGAGACAAAUAAAAAUAAAUAGGAACACAAGGCUUUAUCGUUGGGUUUUUUACAGAAAUAUUGGGCGGUCAGCUAGGAGUGCCUUGGAGAUCGACAAGUUGAUCGCGAUCGACCGGUUGGUGACCACUGCUCUAGAAAGUUGAGUGAAGUUCAAUCUCAUGCUUCUCUCUCUGUGGACUGAUAUUUCUGUGUGGCAGUCACGGGAGCUGAGCAGCAGUCUUGUGGCUACUCUCGCGCAGCUUAGUGGGAACAUUGGAAAUAAAUCAGCUGUCUGGGUGGCUGGUCUCAGACGAUCCUGCAGGUGAAGAAGCAGGAUGUGGAGGUCCUGGAUUGGCUUGGUUACAUGUGGUCUGCAGUUGUGAGGCUGGUUGGAC